UACAGGUAAUAACCCUUUACUUCCGAGAAGUCUCGACAUUCUUACAGCUCAACACUACCUGCGUCCUGUGUCUUUCCAACACCUUAAGAUCAUGUAUCCCGUGACUAAACUUUUCUUCCUUUGUGUCACCGCGUCGGUAGCGUUUUCGAAGAACUCUGUGGAAGUCAACGACGUGGUGGUCCAGACAGAAGGUAAUGCGAUCGUUGAAGAAAUAACUACCGAAAAUAUCACAACACCGACAACGGUGACCUCUGGCGAUGACCACUACGUCGAGUGUCCACCCAUGUUUGAUGGCUACUGUUUGCACGGUGGGACCUGUCUCUACCUGCCUGACCACCCGGACCCCAACCAGCGGCCACUCUGCCGCUGCACCCCUGAAUACACGGGGUCUCGCUGCCAAGUGGGUAAUAUCAACACCCGGCGGGGCAUGUCAGCCGGGCCGAGCUCAACAUCCAACCAUGCCGUCAUGAUCACCGCUGUCUCCGGCGUACUGUCCGUGGUGUCCGUGGUGGUUUUGCUGGGGGCAGUUUUCCUAGGCUGGAGGGUGUACCGCCGGCGUAAGGCUGGUUACGACGUCCAGGCCGACAGUGGUGUGUCACAGGCUGAUGACAAAACUGGAUACGGGAGCACGACAGCUCUGAACUGACGCGCAGCGAGUCACUGACACAUCAGGCGAUGUGUCAUCAGCAACAACCGGGCCAAACUCCUACAAUAAAGCAUUUCUGAGAAAUGUGUGUCGGUCUGUGCAUGGUUUAC